AUGCGGGCGGCGAGCGGGGAGCAGCCGGCCGUGGCGGCCGAGGAGGCGGGCGGCGGCAGCGGCCACGGCGAGACGACGGCGGGAGGCGGGCAGCCCUGGAAGAAAUUUGUAUAUGUUGAGCCAUCUAGGAGAGUUAAAGAAAUACUUGAAGAAGAGCUUUAUUUUCGGAAAGAAGAAUGUCACAUUAAACAUCCAGCUGCAGUGGCUCUGGAAGGAAUUUGGAGUGUGAAAAAGAAUUUCUCCAUGGGAGGCCUGAAACCAGCAUCUCAGAACAGAAACAGUUUACUUUUACAACCUAAAUUCUACUCGAGGCAUGAAGGAAUGAAAAGUAAGAGUCAAUAAUCAAAAAUUUUCACUGUAACACCUCUUUUUAAAAUAGCAGAGUGAUACUAUUUUAUAAUUCAUAGACAUCUUUUUACUGGACUGUAAGUCUAUUUUCUCCAAGGCCAUUACUCAUCUCUUCCUUUAGCAAGUAGCUGACAGACUUCGGAUCUUUGCCUUAGAAACCUGUUUAGAACUGCUAUGUUCAGUCACCUUUAUCUCAUAUUCUGAAACUUUUCUAAAGCAUUAAGAAUAAUCACUUGUUUCCUACUGAUGAACAAUGACUUUCAUGUACAGAUAAUGAAGCUUGCAUUUCUUAACAUCCUGCUUUAAUCAGUUCAAAUGUUUGCGUACCUACUGCUGUAGCAAGCCGUCCUCCAAUACCUAUCCUGAAGAAAAGAGAUGGAUCUGGGUAUGAUUUUGGCAUCUUAGUGUUUGCCUGUUAUGGUUAGUGGUGCUCUGAAGCAUAUAGCUUUUAAAUUCACUGGGGCGUUGCCUUUGCAGAGUACCCGUUCCUUCCAGGCUAGUAGAUACUAGCGUAGUCUUUCUCAAUGUACCCAGCUUCUCUCUUUCUUGGAAAUGUAUUAACUCUGUAGAGGGGAGAGAGAAAGAGAUAGAGAGAGAGAGAGAGAGAGAGCGAACGAGCGAGCGUGCAGGACAACCCAAAGGAAAUGUGGAGUUCAUAAGCUGUAUAAGAAGAAAAUUGUUCAUUUUGUGAACUUGCAGAAUAUAUGAGGCUGCUCUUCACGUUCUUGGGGACUAGUGGCGUUAAAAUACGGCUGCAUGACUUUAUUUUCAGCACUUCUUUUCUCCUAUCUUUAUCUUGUGAACUCUGGAGAUAGUAGCAUCUUAAGGACUAGCCCCUUUUGGCCAUAAAUGAUUGACUAAUACACAAAUAAGACAUCCUGAAUAUAUCUAAUUUCUAUUUUCUUUCUUCCCUUCAAAGUUAGCAUUCUGUACUCUAUAAUAUGUUCUACAAUAAGUUUAGAUAUGCUGUGCUACUUUA